AUGUCCCUUCAGGAACUAUCCCCAAUCUUCCCUCUGUUGGUUAUCUGCUUAUUAAAGGAAAGUCUCUGCAUUUGUGAUGGAACUAUCUGGGCCAAGGUUGGAUGGGAGAUUUUCCCAGAAGAAAUGCCUUAUCUGAGAGUUCAGCCUUCUCCGACUCACUGUCUGCCUUACCCUAUAAACAAACUAGGCUGCCAUUUUGCUAAUAUGGACAUAUUUCAGGGCUUUUUAUAUCUCAUGUAUAUUUUAGCACAAGCCAUCUUUUUAAUUCUGGCUGCUUUGUCGGUGCAUUACCUGUGGAUGAAAUGGAAGAAACACAAGAAAAAGCAGAAAAAACAAGCCUCCUUAGAUACAGCAGGUAAUGAACUAGAAAGCCAGUCCAUCAAUGACAUUGACCAAUUACUCUGCAAACUGUUGGCCACAACAUCAGUGAUGACCGAGUACCUGAAUCAGGCAUCCCACCGCCCCACAGCGAAGAGCAUCAAGCACCGAAAACUGAAGAAGAAGGAUGGACGAAGAGCGAGACGGUACCAUAAACACCCACAUGUGAAUCCAGCUUGA